UUCACUCUAUUCCAUUUCGUUCGUAUCACUUUUCUGCUAUUUCAUAGUCGGCUUCAUUUAUUAUUAUGGGGCUUUUGUAGUUACAUCGUUGAUCGGAGUGUACAUCGAUGCACUGAAUGAAUACGGUGCAGUAUCCAGCGAUAAAAUGAAAACAAAACGAACCGCAUUCUGAACCCACUUAUUCCAAAUUCAAUACAGCAAUAAAAUGCAACAAAAAUGGGAGCAAAAAAAUAGAGUACUUGCAAUUGCACCAUGUAAAAUUCCAGCGCAAUAAAUAAUAUAAUUCUGACAUGAUCUAAUUCGUCGCUUUUAUAUUUUACGAGUUUUUAUUCGUCUUCUGCAACUUAUCACAACGCACAGUAGUCAUAAUGAAACUAAUCAUGACCUGCCGAUCUAGCUUUAUCGUCUGCGCUUUCAUGCAACUGAACUCUCGUGCCCGCUGGAAAUCAUUCAAAUCCGAAAUCAUUCCAUUUCUCCGUUAUAUAAAAAUUGGACUCAACAUUCGUAUGCAUUUGCUAUUUUUCUUUUUCAUCACUUGAACUGUUCAUGUGUGGACAGCUGUUGUUGUUGCCGGUUAUUUGAUUUGGACGGCAUUCGAUCUAGGCGCAAUUAUGAUUUGGUGAAAUUUGAAAAUAACAUGUCACUCUUGAUAAUUUUAUUUUUAAUCGUCAUAUUUAUAAACCAAAGAUUACCGCAUACAUUUCCCAGUAACUCGUCAACCAAAAUAAAAUGGGACUUGUUUCUACAAUUUAAUCACAAAUAUUAUACACAACUCAUCGUUUCUAAUUCAUCUGGUGUUCAAGUUGAACAAUAACUCUCAGCUAUUUUCAGAAAAUCCAGUCAUUUUAUUUCUUCUAAUUAAAUGGAAACCUACUGGACAAAAAAAAACCUAAGAAUAGACGUUGUUAUAUCGUAUCAUAUUUUUGUCGCUUUGUGCGCGUCGCGUCACAUACAUAAAUAAAGUGUUAACCUGAAAGUAGUAAACACUUAUAAUGCGCUGAUUUGUAUUUUAUCGCGUUCACCUUUGCUUUGUUUUCACCCGUUUUGCGUUCACCAUCAAUUAAUCUCAUACAUUAUGGAAUAAAACACACAAUUUCACGCUUAUGACUUUUUCAAAUGACAAAAUUCUAGUUGCAUUCAAUUUAGAACAGCGAAAUGAAAUGAACAGUGUAUGUCUGUCUAUUUUGGGCGUAAUUACAUGAUGUGCUUAAUUAAAUGUGUAAAUAUCCUUUAAAAUUGAGUGUUCAAUUUUCGACGCAAUGCCGUAAUAAUUUGUCGAUACAUUGCUGUCCAUUAUAUUUUGCAAUGACAUUUUUUUCUCUUCAUCAAAUUGGAAAUUGUUCAGAUCGUUAUUUUUGGAAUAGAAUUUGAUUUAUGAUAAUUUUAAGUGCGGCAAAUUUUGCUACACGAAAUUUUUCGUUUGCCAAACAUAUCGUUCUUAUCAGUACAAACAAAGUGGGUUUUUAGAUCAUCGGCUCGAAGUUUAUCACUUUGUUUAGAACGAAAAGAAAAAAUGCUGUGGAAUCGAAGCGAAUAAUAGAAAUAUGAAAAGAUUAUGAAAUUUGAAUGUAAAUGAUAACAUAUCUGACUUGUUGUUUCUAGAACGAAACGGCAAUUGAUUACGUAAAUUCGCGCGUAAUCCGAAUUCCAUAACAAUUGGCCAUGAAAUUCAAUUCACAAUGAAAAAUAGUAUAGCGACCUCUUUAUCUCACAACACAUGGGCACCGACCGACAGAGACGCAAAAAACACCAACAUUUGUUUUCAACGCAUUUUUGACAGAUGUGUGUAUGAGUUUUAGAUUGAAGCUAAUAUAACAGUGAACCUGAAAUCAUAUGAGUGAGGUUAUGAUAUGGUUAACUAAGCAACACGGUGUUUUAAAUACGCGUUUCCCAAAUAAAAUCAUUGAUAAUUUUCUGGCUGGUGUAUUUUACAUAUCCCAAGUGCCAAUACGUAAUUAGCAGCCGCAGCCGACAGUGACUCUUUUGCGUGCAUUCUCAUACAACUCAGGGGAAACAAUAGCAGAAAAUUUCAUAUUCUUUGUGGAAAAGUGCAACGACAAAAGCAAAUAAUGUCCGGAAACGAUAACAGCGAAUAUGAAGGCUAUCGUUCACCAUUAAGCACACGAUAUGCCACAAAGGAAAUGCAGUUUUUGUUCAGCGACCAGUUCAAAUUUUCCACUUGGCGCAAACUAUGGAUUUUCCUUGCACAAGCCGAAAAAGAGCUCGGUCUCAAAAUAACCGACGAACAAAUCAAACAAAUGCAAGCCAAUUGGGAUAAGAUCGACUUCAAGGCAGCCGCAGCUGAAGAACGUAAAACUCGCCAUGAUGUAAUGGCUCAUGUGCAUGUUUUUGCCGAACAAUGUCCACUGGCCGCUCCAAUCAUUCAUCUUGGUGCUACGUCAUGUUACGUUGGUGACAACACCGAUUUGGUCAUUCUUCGUGAUGCUCUUGACUUGAUUUUGCCACAAUUGGCACGUGUUAUUCACUGUCUCACACAGUUUGCCGAGGAAUUCAAAUCGCUACCGACAUUGGGCUUCACUCACUUGCAACCAGCACAACUCACCACAGUGGGCAAGCGUGCCACACUUUGGAUACAAGAUCUUCUGAUGGAUGAGGUAGCACUUCGUCGAUGCCGUGAAGAUUUGUGCUUCCGUGGUGUGAAAGGAACAACCGGUACUCAAGCUUCAUUUUUGCAAUUGUUCAACGGUGAUUCGACCAAAGUCAAGGCAUUGGACAAACGUGUUGCUGAAUUGGCUGGCUUCAAGAAGUGCUACACCGUUACAGGUCAAACGUAUUCGCGCAAAGUUGACGUACAAAUCGUUUCGGCAUUGGCAAGCCUCGGAACAACUGUUCACAAAAUGUGCUCGGACAUUCGUUUGCUGGCCAAUCGCAAAGAGCUCGAAGAACCAUUUGAGUCAACUCAAAUUGGUUCAUCGGCUAUGGCAUACAAACGGAAUCCAAUGCGAUCGGAGCGAUGCUGUUCAAUUGCUCGUCACUUGAUUGCAUUGAGCAUCAAUGCAGCCAACACGCAUGCAACACAAUGGCUGGAACGCACAUUGGACGAUUCGGCCAAUCGACGAUUGACACUGUCCGAGGCAUUCUUGUCGGCUGAUGCCAUUCUGUUGACUUUGUUGAACAUUUCUCAAGGAUUAGUUGUUUAUCCAAAGGUUAUCGAACGUAAUAUUCAACAAGAGCUUCCAUUUAUGUCAACCGAAAAUAUUAUUAUGGCCAUGGUUAAGAAAGGUGGCGAUCGACAAAUUUGCCAUGAAAAGAUUCGUGUCCUGUCACACGAAGCCGGCGCUCAGGUGAAACAAUUUGGUAAAGACAACGAUUUAGUUGAACGUGUCAAGGCCGAUCCAUACUUUGCACCAAUUUUGAACGAUCUUAAAACCAUUCUGGACCCAAGCACAUUCGUCGGACGAAGCCCACAACAAGUGGUUGAAUUCGUUGAAGAAGAAGUAAAACCAGUACUGGCCAACUACAAAGAAAGUAUCAAAGAUGUAAAAUCCGUUUCAUUGGCUAUUUAGAAGAAGAAAAAAAAUCCACAUAUUUUGUGAUAACUCAACAAGACGAAGAGGCCUUGCACAUAGUGCUCAAACAGCCACAACAAUAAAAAGUAAAUUGGUCACGGCCAAAUACACACUACAAAAUGUAAACAUGAAAAUAAAAGAUCAAUAGGCAUUUUUCAAUACCCAAUCAAAGAGGUGUUUUGUUAUAUUUUUUUUUCUGUUUUGAUUUUAUUUAAUAAAGUCGAUAUAUGAUACAGUUUUGCGCAAA